AUGCCGUCGUGGUGGCCUGAAACACGGCUGGAAUGGGUCUUUGCCGCAGCUGCAGCGACUCAAGGAGUGGUCAAUACUAUCAUUCAGAUAGUCAUUCUGGUCGUCUAUCUACAAUGGGUCAAUAAACCAAUAUACGAGGUCCCAUUAGCCUACGUUAUAUCCUUGACUCUCUCCAUCAACACCCUUGGCUGUCUCUAUCAAUUGAUCUUAACACUAGACGCAUACCGCAUUAAAAACCACAUUCAGAUCUUUAUGCUAUGUAUCGCUAACGUGUGUCUUUCAAUUGCAACCAUAUUGCAAUAUGGAGAGGUACACAAUGCGUCGGCGAGAGCUGCCGUUGGUGUCAACGGAAAGAACCUUCCUUUUGUGAAAAGAGACUGGGAAUUCUGGAGGCGUGUAUCGCCCGGUUUGAUUGUCUGCGCCGUUAUUAGCUCUACCUGCAGCACUGUCAUGUGCGCUGUCGCCAUGAAACUUUAUCGUGAAUUUUCGUGGGCUUUGUAUCAAGACGUCAGUCCGGACAUGGCCAUACAGUGGAAGUACAUGUGCUAUCAAAUCUAUCUAGGUUUCCUCAAGUACACACCCUACUUCGUCUUUGCCUUCAUAUUGAUCUACGGCUUGAUAAAUGUGCACUAUAUUGAGCCAGAAUUCUCUUUGACCAUGGCUAUCAUCCCUGCCACGCUUUUACACUUGGCUCUGGCCGUGUACUUUGUUCGACAUGAAACCCGCAUCGGCAUGAUCAUGGUCUUGCUCUUCCAUGCUGCUAAUAUCACCUACGUCAUCAGCCGAUUGCUGGUCUUGUAUGGUCAUGGGCCACUAUCCAGAACGAUGAUGAAAGAUGAGAUGGUUUUCUAUAUUUGCAUAGGUGGCGCACUCUCUUUGUUCUCGUUAGUCGCUGGCAGUGUUUGCAUGUUCAACUUCAAGAAAGGGUUGAAGCCUAUUUUACUUGGGCAAAUAAAACGCCGGCCUCAAGCGCAUGAGCUUGAGGAUGACUACUACAUCCAACGGCUCAACUACAACAUUGUGCCGACGCCAGAUCGGGAUUCACAACGAUUCUUGGUAGAUUGA